UUGGGUGAUUAAAUCAAUUUUUUCUACAAAAUAAGCAGUGGACCUCUCUCAUCAGACUGGACACCUUUUUUUUUUUUUGGUAAGAACUCACAGUAUCCAAAAGCUACGGCUCAGUAAUUACCUUUUUAAUAAUCACAUCCAAAAUAGAGAAAUUUGAUGGAACAACUUAGUAGAAUUCCAGGGUUACUUGUCCACGAACCGGCAGCUAGGGUUUCAGCGAAUCUGAGCCGUCCAUCCACCAGGCGGGACGGACCACGUGCAUCAGAGCACCAACACAUCACGUGACCGUCCUUCCUCAACAACCCGCACUUCCCUUCGCUUAGGAAGCGGGCCCCACUAUGCAUUUGCCAUAAACGUGGAGGGCAUUUCUGUCAUUGACGCGUUUAACCAAAUACCAUAAGGCCAUCACGUCCGCCGUGACCGCACGGGAGGGUUGCCCGGUGCGUCGACCGGAAAGAUGAAGCAUCCGCUGCUUGACCGAGGCCCCCGUUGAUUCCGUCCAACGGAACGGUGCGACCGCAACGGACGGGCAAUCGCGGCCCCCUCCACGCUCCGCACUUUCUGCCGCUUCUUUCUUUCUCUUCUUCUCGAAAACCUCAAAAUUAAAAAUUUAACUAAAAAAAAAAAGAAACUGACGAAGCUCGACAACGCAAAUGGGAAUAUAUAAAGAUAUCAGGAGUUUUUCUAAAUCCCCCUUUUGACCGAGUAAAUUCACCAUCCGGAUCGGAUCAAGCCUCCACAUACCCGAACCGUUAGUUAAAAAAGAGAAAAAGCUAACGUGGAAAUUGGAAAAAAAGAUACACCAUGAUCGGGCGGCCAAGGUUAGGCGGAGACCGUAACGGAUAAAGCUGCGGGGCCCGCGCGUGCAGCGGACGCAGGGCCCCACCGUCGAACUCCAACCCCUCCCAGUCCCACAUUCAAAUCCGGUUAAUCCCUUGCCCCUCGCGUCCACACAGAUCUACCUGGCCCAAUCCCCCCUUUAUAAACCCCCGCUCUUCCCAGGACCGACCCCCGUCCUUCUUGCCUUUUUCAGAUAUUACUUUUCUAUCCUUCGAUUCGCCGUUAGGUUUCCGUCGUCCUUCUCCAUUUGCUUCCGUCUGGUGUUCCGCUUCUGCGUUAGUGUUUCCAUCACUCUACAGUGAACUUAGACGCCGUUAGCAUUUCCUGCGCCAUUGUUCCGAGGGAGAUUUUUCCCACCAUUGCUUCCUCCUCCUCGUUAGGCGCGUACGAAGAACGAGGUCUCUUUCCGAAUGUCGUGCUCGUUGUUUCUUCUUGUGGAAGUUUUCCUCUAGUUUGGAGGCCAGAGUCCGGUCAAUUUUCGAACAACUUUCGGUGCUGCUUGUUCGGUUUGUUUCGUGGUUGAGUUGGAGUUUUCAACUCCGGCGACUCGCCGUCAGUUUUUGUGCUUCUUGGAGUCCAAGAGUUGGCGAUGGCGACGAAGCGUAGCAGGGAAGAGGAUGGCGAAGUAUUGCCGGAUUUGAAGAAGAUGCACGCUGAAACCGUUACCUUGUUGGACCGAGAGGACGCAGUCCACAGGCAAUUUGAACCUGUCGGCGUUCCCGGCGAAGGAAAUGCAGUGGAGGAAGGCGUUGCUAGUGGAGCAAUGACAAGCCUUAAGGAGGAGAUUCAUCAACCUCCAUCCGUUUUCGGGGAAGAGACAUUGACAUUCGAGACCGCGGCGCAUUCAGGCGACGGCUCUCUCCUUGACGCUGGGAUCAACGACAAAAGUUCGUCGACAACACCUUUAUCGGAUGAACUCUUGACGGUGAUGGAUUCCUCUGCGAGCAGUGUACAGAUGCCGGAAAAUGAGUCGCCCUCAAAUGUUCCAAUCCCUAGCUCCGUCGAGGCGGGAUCCAUCGCAUCCGGUUCUCCGUUGGGUUACCUCCUGGGCGCGUCAGAUGACGAACUAGGCCUGCCCCCGCCAACCUCGAUCGGCUGCGAGUCGGCCGCGAGCCUCGCUCUAUUGGAGCCAGCGGUGGGCUUCCUGGUGGACGACUGGCGGUUCGACGAGGAGUUCCAAGCGAUGCGGGCCCAGGGCUUCGGCUUGUGCGAGGCGGACGAUGCGUGGGGGGAGCCGGACAUCGCCGUCGACGACGGCGGUUUCUGCAGUCUUUUCGACCACUCCGGCGUGGCCGACGGCAGCAGUUUCUUCCUCUUCAGCGGUAACGCAUCCUCGUGACUGGUCCUUCGUUCCUAAAUUCCAUGGAAAUUUUCGGUUUCUUUUUUUGUUUUGGUUCCUUUUUCGAGUUUUUUCCCUCCAUCACGAGCGUUUCGCGCUCUUUUUUUGGGUUCCCGCUCAUGUACCGGGGAAUUGUUUUGACCCCGUUUGUUUCGCCGGGAAAAAAGACACCGGCUAGAAAUGCUUCCUUGGGAAAAUGAAACGCUUUUUCCA